AUGCAGGCGUGGUUAGUUGUGGCGUGUGCCGCAGCGUUAGCGGCUUUGGCUGCAGCCCAGAAACCCGGCCGUUUCCUUUCACUGCCAAACCCUCAAAAGUGUGCCAAUAGGCCGAAAGAGUUCAACUACCGCGGCCACAAUUACUUCUACAGUGGUCAUGUGCCCGAGCUCGCAAACAGGAAAGUCGACUGGCUGGACGGCAGGAACAUAUGCCGCGAAUAUUGUAUGGAUCUCGUCUCCAUGGAAACCCAGGAGGAAAAUAAUCUAAUCUUCAAACUCAUCCAACAAAAUGAUGUUCCUUACAUCUGGACGUCUGGCCGCCUGUGCGACUUCAAGGGUUGUGAAUCUCGUCGUGACCUGGAACCUAAGAACGUCUUAGGUUGGUUCUGGUCCGCCAACAGGGAGAGGAUUUCAUCCACCAACCAGAUUGCAAACGGCUGGGGCUACAACCCGUGGUCGCAGACUGGUCACAAGAAGCAACGUCAACCUGACAACGCCGAGUACGAUAUCAACGGAACCACAGAGUCUUGCUUAAGUAUUCUCAACAACGUAUACAAUGACGGUAUCGCCUGGCACGACGUCGCGUGCUACCACGAGAAACCUGUCGUCUGCGAAGAUUCUGAAGAACUACUCAACUAUGUAGCCAGCACAAACAAGGGCCUCCGCCUGUAA